GAAAAAAAUUCCAUUUUUCCAUUUUUGACUAUUGUUUUCUUGGUUGAACAUGUUAGCUCUAAUAUCUCUACCAUAUUCCCCACAUGCCCUCAAACCUUCCCCCACGCUUGCUGCAUAAACUUCCCUAUUUUCCUUUUCCACUUAAAUUUAUAUCAGGACACCAAUGUACAUUUUUUAGCAAGAGAAGGAUCUGGGUGUUCACAUCUGGGUUCUGAGGAUAAUAAUCUCAUCUGGGCACCAAUAAAUUUCGUAAUUUUAUUGAAAUUUAGCCAAAAGGGUGUCCUGAAAUCCUUCAAAUCCGCCGAAAUUUUGGGGCUUUUUAUGAUCUUGGGUUCCUCUGCAGAGAAGAAGAAAAUGGUAGUGGCAGGAAAUGGCCUGUUCUACCCGAUUAUUGGAUUCGCAUCGUGUGUGGCCUUCAUCUACAUGUCUUUCGGUAACUUGGGGUCGAAUUUUGGCAACCAAACGAAGUUGAGUUUUGUGGGGAGGAAUGGGACUCAGUUCAUGUUGGAUGGCAAGGCAUUUUACAUUAAUGGGUGGAAUUCUUACUGGCUGAUGGAUAAUAGUGUGGAUGAGCAUAGAAAGCCGAGGGUUCGGCAGAUACUGCAAGCCGGUGCGAAAAUGGGCCUCACCGUCUGCCGGACUUGGGCGUUUAAUGACGGCGACUACAAUGCCCUCCAGAUUUCCCCUGGUCACUUCAAUGAGCAAGUGUUCAAGGCUUUGGAUCAUGUCAUUGUAGAAGCUAGACAACAGGGCAUCAGGUUGCUUCUUUGCUUAGUUAAUAACUUGCAAGCAUAUGGCGGGAAGACUCAGUAUGUAAAGUGGGCAUGGGAAGAAGGUGUUGGUUUGAGCGCUUCCAAUGACUCAUUUUUCUUCGAUCCAUCUAUUCGCAUUUAUUUCAAGAACUACGUCAAGACUCUCCUAACAAGGAAGAAUACUCUCAAUGGAAUUCAGUAUAGAAAUGAUCCUACCAUUUUCGCGUGGGAAUUAAUAAACGAACCUCGUUGCAUAACUGAUGCUUCAGGUGACACUCUCCAAGAUUGGAUAGAAGAAAUGUCAGCUUUUGUGAAAGCAAUUGACAAGAACCAUCUACUGACUGUGGGCCUUGAAGGGUUUUAUGGUCCUAAAAGCCCUAAAAGGUUAACUGUGAAUCCAGAAAUGUGGGCAUCCAGACUCGGCUCAGAUUUUAUUCGCAACUCCAAGAUCCCCAAUAUUGAUUUUGCCUCUGUUCAUAUCUACCCUGACCAUUGGUUCCAUGAUGAAGAAUUUCACAAUAACCUUAAAUUUGUCUACAAGUGGAUGCGUUCUCACAUUGAAGACGGAGACAAUGAACUGAACAAACCUGUCAUGUUCACCGAAUAUGGAUUGUCAAACCAGAACAAGGACUUUGAACCAUCUCAGCGUGUUAGGUUUUACAAAACUAUUUUAGACGUGAUAUACAAAUCUGCCAAGAAAAACCAGUCUGGAGCAGGCGCUUUAGCCUGGCAGUUUUUUGUUGGAGGAAUGGACGAGUAUAAUGAUGAGUUUGGGAUAAUUCCGUGGGAAAGUCCGUCUGAGUACAAGAUGAUGAUAGAACAAUCGUGCAGGUUGGCUAGACUCAAUGGACCAACUCAACACCAGCGAAAUUUGAAAGACUUGUGUUCGCAAAGACAGUGAAAUGCUUAUUUUUGUCAGCAGAAAAAUUUGUUUCCUUGGGGAGUUGGGGUUAUAUAUUUACGGUUUGACAGUGUUUAAAUGAGUUGUAGGAACUGCAUUAGUUGUGAUGUUCUCAAAGCUUUUCACGAUGAAAGAGUACAGAUUAACAGCCAAAAGAAAAGUCAUUUGGAAUUGUUGAAUUAGGUUGCUUUGCUUGUAAGAAAUGUUAUCUGAUACUUAUAGCCAACCUGCAUGAUUGUUCU